CAAUUUUGAUGCUCCUCCAGACAACUUUUUAUACUUGGACUUAUUGCGCGAGGAAGUAUCCAUAAAGUAAAUGCCAAUACAGACGAUCAGGUGUUGUCAGCGGGAGGAGCAGAUUGUGAUCGGGUGGUUGCAAGUGGGCCACCUGUCAUCCAUCACAGGUUAGAUCAAUCACACCCCUCGAUCCCGGAAAAGGAAAACCGUUCCUUUUAAUAAGGCGUCGCUGGGUGGUGGUGGUGCACCACCGUGCAGGGAGGCGUGUAAUCGCGAUCAGAGCAUGUAUGAAAUACUCCUAAACAUGGAAAUGACACUGACCCAGAUGGCCACUGUUGCUGCUCGCGCCGUAUUUUCUUCAGAGGAGGAAACCCAAUCAUCCGGCAGCAAAGGUCGCACAGCCUUUCAAUGGGGUGGAACAAUCUCUGCCAUAAUUUUGCUAAUCUUGAACCGAACAGGAAGGAGAUCGUCCAUACAAACUACGCUUCUAGUCCUCUAUCUUUUCACUAGUUUUCCUGCAGUGCUAUUCAAGAAUCUACGAGGACAAUUUGGUUGUUGGGUUGCCUUUAUUGCUGUUGGAGCGAACCUCUUCUUUCCUGAGAUUUUCCCAGUUUCCCGUUUUCUCUUAUUUGUCAUCACACCUGACUGGCUGGCUGAUGGGUUGCGUGAUAGCAUUUUUGGUGGUGUCUUUUGUCUCAUAAUUGGAGUAUUAUUUGUUAUAAUGGAGAUACGAGGAAUGGGAGGAUGCAGUAACUGUGAAUGUAAUUCACAGUGCGUUUGUUAUUGCCUUAGCAUACUACUACUUUCCUUCUUUACAAUAUUGUAUCUAGUUUUGGGUCCUUGGUAGAAUAGCAGUUCCGUAGAGAAGAUGUAUUCUCUUUCCGAUUUGUUUUAUGUUCUAAUUGCAGGUUCAAAUAUUAGAAUGCUAAGUUCAAUGUUCUUGUUGGUAGCUACAACUGCGUAGAUUCUGCUUUCUAGAAUUUUCUUGUUACAUGUAUAGACCGAAAUAUGAUAGUUUAUUAUAUGUAAAUAACUGCCUUUGGUACUUUCUCCCAUAA